UCUGAUCAUAAUUUAUUUAUUUUCUUAAAUUUAUUAGUGUUAAUUCUCAAAAAUAAUUUAUUAGGGAAAUUAUGAUCAAUUUAGAGCUAGAAUAAAUUUAGUUUUCAUUAAAUUUUUUUACUAUCUUUUUACCAAGAAAAAAAGAAGGUAUUUUGAAGUAUGGAAGAAGCAAAUGAUCCAAUAUUAUCUUCGGCCCCAGAUAGUGAAAGUUCAUUAUGUCCAACUGAGGAUGAUGAUGAAGACCUAAAUAAUAUUCAUUUGGGUCCUAAAUGCAGUAUUAGACAACACCUCGAAAAAGAUAAGGAUGAUGAGAGUUUAAGGAAGUGGAAAGAGCAACUUCUUGGCAAUGUUGAUUUUGAAUCAGGAGAAGAAACUCUUGAACCAGAAGUGAAGAUAUUAAGUUUAACAAUUGUGUCUCCUGGUAGAGAGGAAAUUGUGCUUCCAUUGCCAGAAUCUGGAGAUCCAAAAGGCUUAUGGUUCACUUUGAAGGAAGAUAGCCCUUACAGUCUUCGCUUUUGCUUUCAAGUUAGUAACAACAUUGUUUCUGGUCUUAGGUACAUCAAUACCGUUUGGAAAACUGGCCUCAAAGUUGAUAGUACCAAAGAAAUGAUAGGAACAUUUAGCCCUCAAGGAGAACCUUACACACAUGAGAUGCCUGAGGAAACAACACCUUCAGGAUUUUUUGCAAGAGGCUCUUACAGUGCUAAGUCCAAGUUUCUUGAUGAUGACAACAAAUGUUAUUUGGAGAUCAAUUACACAUUCGACAUUCAGAAAGAGUGGCCAUCUACUACCUAAUUAAAAGCUCAUUAGUUAUUUCAAUCCUGUACUUUGCAAUUUUGAAAGAUAAAAUUGAUAUUUGCGAUAAUUAAUAUUUGAGAUAGGGGCAUAUUUUCCUAUUUAAUAAAUAUUAUGUCUUUGAAAUUUUGAUUUUUGCAAUACUAGCUAAUGAUCUUUGUUAA